AUUUACUGCCCGAAUUAGAAUACAAAUUCACUUCAAAAGUUGACUAGAAAAACGUUGUCGUCAAUUUUUAGGCUAUUUUGGAUUAUUGGAAAUUUGGGUAAUUGGUAGUGUUGGUAAUUGAAAUUACUGGUGAUCGGAAAUUUAGGUCAUCGGGAUUAUUAGUAAUUGGUAUUUUAGGUAAUAUAUAUCUGGGUUAUUGGGAUAUGUCCUACCGGUUACUUUUCGAAUUGGAACCUGUCCAAUAGACGUCUUCCCUUUCAGAAGUCAACUUUUGAAGUGAAUUUGUAUUCUAAUUUGGACAGUAAAUUUACGUCAAAUUUAAUAGCAAGUUGCAUACAAAUUGUCGUAAAAAAUGGAAAAGUCUGAAGUUGACGGAAAUUUGACGAAAAAUUCAAGGAAACUUUUGUAAAGUAAACUGUGCUAUUAGGGUUAGUUUGGCCAAACACGCCCAAUAGAAUAUGCUCAGCACUGUUUAGAACUCAGUAAAUCUGAACGCAUCCAUUGACAAUUAGUCGUAUAUAUUUUUUACUUUUGUCUUCAAUGGUUACUGAAAUCUAACAUGUUCUAUGCCUAAAUUAUAUGCCUUGUCGGCUCUGGAGUAUCGGAGCUCUGAGCUGAUAAAUAGGGCUAUCCAACAACCAGAAACAUUAAAUUAAAUAUUAUUAUAGAUUUUGAAGAAGUCAACUAUAGCUAUAAAAACCCAAAACUUUUAUUUGGUUUUUAUAAUAAACAUAUGCCAUGUUGGGUAGAUGAUAUGUUUUGAAUGCUGGGAACUAAAACUCAAUCAUUUCUUGGAAUUCUGAAUGCUGUAGUUGGUAUGAUAGUAAAAAAUUUGAUUAUUUUUUACGCAUAAUUGUAACAUCUAAACAAUAAAAAAAAGGAACAAUGAUGCAAAUACAUAUUGUGAAAUUCGUUUAUCAAGAAUUGAAUCUGUAUGUUCAAUAAGAUGUUAAACACAUCUAAAUCUCAAUAAUCAAAAGUUAACACCGAUGUGCCUGAAUAACACAUCUAAUUUAUAAUCAAAUUUUUAAUAAAACUUAGAAAAAAAAUUAUUUUAAUCAUGGAAAUUGAUUGCCCAAUAAUCAGUCUUAAAAGAUCUAGCAGCGCUCCUAUGAUUCAUGAAAUUAGUGCUGCUGUGUCAGUCAGUUCAUCUUCAACAUCUACAUCACGGGAUGUCGCUACUACAGUGAGUCUUUCUCCAACAAUACCAAGAACACGUCGGUUUAGUACAAGUAGUUUUGCAAAUACUCCUAGACUAACGCCAAGAGUAAACCAAUUAAAACAAGAAGAAUGCAUUGAUGUCGCUGGCAGGGAAGCUGCACAUGAAAAAGAAAUUCAUAGUGUGAUGCAAAUUUCUCAAUCAUGGGAAGAUUUAACCCUUGAAGCUGAAGGACUAUCUUUUAAGGAUUCAGAACUACCUAAUCAACAACUUAAAAAUAUCGAAAAACAAAUGAUAAAACGAGUUGUUGAUCCGUUGAAUCUUAAUCUACCAAUUAUUAACAGCUCUCCCCCUUGUUCUUCACCAUCACCUACCAGAUCUAGUUUAGGACAACGUCAAUGUUAUUCACCUAGACUUCAUAUUGUUCAUUGGAGAAAUAAUCUUUCUCCGAGCCCUACGAGAAAACCAUUUGCUAUGAGACGGAGUUUGAGUCCGAUAGCGAUAAGACCGAGUUGUUUGGGACCAGUUAAGAGGAAAUUUGAUCUAACUGAUAAUAGUACCGAUCGUCAACAACCACUCAAACGUGCAUCUGCAGUACUUUCAAAUCCCUCCAGAUCGGAUAAAAUAUCAAAUAUAAUUCCUGGUACGAUAAAUCUAAUGGAAUCAUCUGCCUCUUUUCCAAAUAUAAACUCAUCUGAUUUUUCAUUUCAUCAAGUUGAGAAACCUACAUCUAAUAGAGUAAUUAUUAACGACAAUGAACGAAUUACACGAAAUACUGAACAAGCAAAAAUUACAAGAUCUAAACAAAGAGAUCAAAUGAAUAAAAAUAAUUAUAGGUGAAAGAAUAACUUCAAUAAAAAAAAAAAAAAUUCACCAUUUGGACAUGGAAUUUAUUUGCAAAAAUAGCUUUGCCUAUAAUAUUUAGCAAUAAGUAAUCAAACUUUGUAACAAAUACCAUUUUUCAAAAUCCUAAUAUAUUCAACGCUAUUGCCCAAAGUUGUAAUGGUUAAUAGGGGUUUUAGUUAUUUAAAUAUUAAAUAUAUUGUAUUCUAUAAUCUAACGGUUUAAAAACAUCAAUAACUUUUUCCAGUUUAAAAUAUGUUUUAUUUUUUAUUCUAUUAGAGCCAUGUAAAGUUAAUAGUUCAAAUAGUAUAAUCAAUGUAUAAAAUUAAUUUAAGUGGAUUUUUUCUUAAACCGACUAACAUCAUUAUCAACAUUAAUGUAAUUUAUCUAGUCAAUAUUUAAACUUUGCUAAAGGUAUCGAUAAUUUAUUUAGAAAUUGAAACCUGUCGGACGUUACAGAAUCAAGCUGAUUCUAGCUAAAAACAUUUGACUAUUUGUAUACUAAUGCUUCUUCAGAAACCAUGUAAAUCAUUUAAGAAAUAUUAUUAUAAAAAAUUAUACUUAUACCGUUCAUGGUUCUUUUAGAAAAUUUCUUCCAGAAAUUGUCUUAUAAUUACUCUUAUGACUAUUUGAAAAAUUUAGAAGAUCUAUAUCUUGUAUGACGGGACAACUAGAAGUUUGACUACUCAAAUCGGACGUGCCAUGUAAGGGAUCCCCUAGAUUCAAACACUACUCUUAUCGGUUCACCAAGGCAUUAAAAGAGACCCAUGGGUCAAUGUUCCAAGCAAUAUAAACGGCAGCUCAGAUGAGAUCGCGUGAAUGCCCCAUUCCAGGAUUUAGAGUAUAUAAGGGCAAUCAAGCGUCUGCACGGGGACUUGGGCCCUAACCACCAAUUAAAGUGGAAAUGGAGAGAAAGGCUAAGAAUGUCUAUCGAGGUCCUUACUGUACAGUCCUGAACCCACUUCAUACUCUUACUAUGAAGGUUGCUGCAGUCCGUACUCUUCUGGGCUUCAAUCACAUUUUAUCAGGUCCGUACAUUUUAUAAUAACAAAAUAUAGUUAGUAUAUUUAUUAUAAACUUAGAGUCCAAUGUAACUAUAGACUCUAGUCGUAUUCACAUAAUUGUAAAAUCUAGUCAAUUCUGUGUUGAUCUCUAGCAGAGUCAGUUUAAAUCCUUAAGUAUUAAAAUUGGGAGUUAUCUUCAUUGUAUACCAACCAUCUCAUCGUUAAAGGUCACCUGAGUCCCUGUGUGUUGUCCAAUUUUUCGUACGUGUCCAAGACGUCUAGUAUUACAUUUGGAGAAUAACAUCGAUGUAAAUUUGCAUGUAGUUAAAUUAUAAGUCCGCCAAACGUGCAUAAUAUCGUAAAUAAAUUAUUAUUUUAUUAUUGUCA